AAAGGUGUGUGGUAAAGAAAUGGCAACGAGGGGCAGAAAACCUUUCGCAAAUAGAAAAGCGGCUUUCCAAAACCCCACUGAAGAAAAGGGUGUCCACCCAACUAUUCUAAAACAAGCCCGAAAGACAGGUCAACUGAAUUUGUCAGGGCGAAAUCUCUCUACAGUUCCGGAUACAGUAUGGAGACUGAACCUUGAUGUACCAGAAGAGGCGCGGGAUGUUAGCCUAGACAACACAGAUGAAAGAUGGUGGGAACAGACAGAACUCACUAAGCUGAUUCUGGCCUCAAACCUCCUGACAGAAAUCUCCCAAGAGAUCAGCAACUUCCAAGCUCUAUCUGUGUUAGAUAUCCAUGAUAAUAGGCUAGAGUCUUUACCACAAAGCAUUAGAGAAUUGGAAAACUUAGUCAAGCUUGAUGUUAGUCGAAACAAACUAAAAGAGCUGCCCGAGAGUGUGACAUACUUGAGGAACCUGAGGAGUCUUCAUGUGGAGUACAACGAGUUGGUCCGUGUCAGCGAGGGGAUAGGUCACCUUGACAAGUUAGAGGAUCUGGAUCUUUCAAACAACCAGUUGUCAGAAUUACCCCCACAAGUUGGACACCUAUAUCAUGUGCUCAAAUUCAAUGUGUCCAAUAAUAGAUUGAGCAGUCUGCCCCCAGAAAUCGGCAGUAUGAAUGCUCUGAAGUGUCUGGAUGUGACCCACAAUCAGCUGACACAUCUCCCGGAGGACCUCGGGAACCUCCCAAACCUAGAGCAGCUGUACCUCCGACAUAACCAGCUCUCCGGAAUACCUCUCCUGAAAAACUGCAAAAAUAUCAAGGAAAUUCACCUUGGAAACAACCAAAUAAGAAGAAUAACAGCAGAGCACCUGCAACACUUGGAGUCAGUGUCUGUGUUAGACAUCAGGGACAACAAAAUAUCGGAGCUUCCGGAAGAAAUAACGUGCCUCAGUGGUUUACAACGACUGGAUCUCACAAACAACGAUCUUACAGGGCUACCAUUUGUACUUGGAACAAUCACAUCUCUUAAAUCCAUCGUUCUAGAUGGAAAUCCCAUGAAAUCAAUCAGAAGAGAUAUUAUCAUGAGAGGUACCGUGGAGUUAAAGAAAUAUUUAUGCAGUCGAAUUGAAGAUCCUCAGCCUGUUGAGCCAACCAACAAAGGGAUUCAGAAUGGAGGGGACACAGGCAUUGUGGGGGGUUCAGGGGAGGGGCUGAAGGCCCAUGAUAUCCAACAGUCCAAAAGCCUGGAUUAUAGUAACAAGAAGGCUACUUCAGUACCUGAUGAUAUUUGGGAGGUUGCUAUGAAGGCAGGGGUAACCAGUGUAAAUCUCAGCAAGAACCAGUUUACUGACCUUCCAUCAAAUCUUAUUCUCUUAGAGUCAACACUGAAGGAGUUCAACUUUGGAUUUAACAAACUAACAAAACUGAACCCAGACAUCGGCCUGUUUCUCCGAUUAACCACACUGGAUCUCAGGAACAAUGGACUAUCAGAUUUACCCAGAGACAUGGAAUCUCUUCAAGAUAUGCGAGAAAUAGUGCUCUCCUGUAAUCGGUUCACCACUUUGCCUUCCUCAUUGUACGAGAUGAAGAAAUUGGAGAUAAUAUUUGCUGAUAACAACAAAAUAACAACGAUAGAUGCUGCUGGGUUUAAAAAUUUACCCAUGUUGGCCACAUUAGAUUUACAGAAUAAUAACAUAGAACAGGUGCCCCCUGAGCUUGGAAACUGCACACAGAUCAAAUCCCUCUUGUUAAAUGGCAAUGCAUUCAGAAAUCCCCGCCCAGCCAUCCUGACCAAGGGAACACUUGCCCUCCUAGAAUACCUAAGGAGUCGUAUUGUGUCGUAAGGUUAGGGACCUAAAGAUAUACCGCUGUCCAUGUGGACUGUUAGCUCUGUGAUCAUUCAGAAUAUGCAAUACACAUAAUUUUGACUUUUCUAUCUCACCACCAUGAUGUUGGAGACAUUUAUAUUCCGUUUGUUUUUUAAAUGGAUUUAAUAUUGAAACAAAUUAUUACAGCCUGUGUUAAUUUUUUGGCUUUUAAGAUGUUUAUAUUUGCAAUAAAGUUAGUCUUUGAAAUCAA